CGCCAUUUUUGUUUUCAUUGGAGAUUUUGAAUAUAAUUUUUGACAGAUUUAAUUUUGAUUUUCUCUAUUAAAGAUAGGAUGGCUAAUAUAAGAGAGACUAUAGAAUUGCUGACAAGGGUCCUUAAAGACAAUGGAACCAGAAAAAUAAAGGCUGAAGUCUUCCGUCUUGCCAAAUUUGAUAACGAAGCAGCGGUGGAACCAUUAUGGAUCAUGUUGUUUGAGUUGACUUACUUCUGCAAGUUCCACAUCAUUGAUGAUGUUUGCGUCAAAGCUGUGACUGAGCUCUCCACAAAUGAGUUAGUGAUCUAUGUAAAGAAAGAGAUGCAAAAGACUGGUUUUUACUCGAGGGACUUUGCUAGUCUCCCUAAUGACAUGACAAAGGGGGCCAGGGAACUCCUGCUAGCGUUCGGAUGGCUGGUAUGCAAGGAAAAUAUUAUGGAUAAAUUCAUGGAGAAUUGUUCGUCUCCUGUUGCUGAUGAUCUCUAUACUGCCAAGGAUGAUGAAGGUACCCCAAGACCAGUAAGUCACAACCCUGCCCACCCUGCAGAUAAAGUGAAGUACCUGUUGUGGUUGAAUGGGAAACUGAGAAUGACUCUACGCAACUUAUUUGCAAUGCAGAAACAGAAUGCAGUCCUGACACAUAAGGUGCAUGAGUCUACAUAUGGUACAUCCCUCUCUCCUGAUAUGAAGCAUCUCUCUGCAUUAGAAGUGUAUAUGCUAAGACACCCAGAACUUCUGAAAAAGAAUCUUCAGCUUUUAGAGAAAGACAAUGAACGGUUGAGGAACCUGCUAGUUUGGAAGGAAGUUGAAGACACAUUCUGGCGUUGGAUGGAAAGUGUAUUAGAUAUCAAACUUCAAGAGUCUAGUAAGCUUGCAGAGGCAGUAGGCUUCAAUCAAGACACCAGUUGCACCAGUUCAGUGACAUAUGAACUCCUUGACGAGCCUGCAGCUGUGCUACAGGAAUCUCACAAUAAACUACGAGAUGCCAUUUAUAAAUAUGAAUCCAUAAUAGGCAACUUAGAAAACCUAUGGGCCAUUAAAAGUUCAGAGGUGAGCCAAGAAGACUUGGAUAAAGUUCUCGCUUCAAUAGAGCUUGAAAUCUCCAUUCAGGAACAGCAUUUCAAGAAACAAGUGACCCCAGUGCCUAGUUCCUCCACCACAACGCGACCUGUCCCUCCUACACUCAGUUAUGUUAAAAACCCUAUGCCAGUGAAAUUAACCAAUCGCUAUCAACCAAUGGUCACCAGUGAUAAAAUCAGAGACAUCCAGGGAGAGAUUCACUCAUUGAAAUCACUUGUUGAUAAACUAGAAGGAGAAAUACAAAAAGAAAGAAGAAAGCGAGCAACAAAUGUCCCAGAUCUACAACAUGUAUCCACUAUUCUAUGUACAUGUAUGUCGAGUCUCUAUAUUCUCCUGAAGAAAACCUAUGCUACAGGUACAACUGUCCAGAAUCUAGAUGAUGACGUGCUUAAACAGUUUGAUGAAUGGUGUGCUGACCAAGUGGCUAAACAGUUUUAUGAAUGGUGUGCUGACCAACAGAAUGUACCAGUCUUCAGGCUUUGGUUUCUGAUUAUUUAA